AUGAUGAAAUUUCUCCUACGGCUACUAUGUCUAAGCCACACGGUGGUGGCCUUUUCCGGCAGCAAUCAACUGGCGCCCAAAUCGGCAGUUCCGAGAGUGCAGGGUCCCUUUAUGUAUAGCGGUACUUUCGGGUCGUCAUCUCAGCUGUCGAAAACGAAUCCCAGGAGCACCAGACUCUACAAUGACUUGGACAAUUCUGCCAACAAUGACACGUUCCAAGUUGCCACCAUCAUGACGACUGCCGCAGCGGCUCUUGCCUCGUCGUUGGGAGUAUUCUGGAGUGAAGCUUCGGUCUUUCAAACGGGGUGUGGUCCUCUGUACCUUCCCGAUUGGCUGGAACGGAGUUUUUACUUGGGAGUAUUGGCAGUAUCUGGGAUCUCUGUCUUUUUCAGAAUAGUUUUCCCUGAUCAAGGUGGUCUGACUGGGUUGUUACUUCCAAACGAUGACCAAAAUGAAAAGAAUUUGGGCCCAUUGCGUGUGGCAAUUCAGGCAUCCGAGGCAAUGGCCCUACUGGCAGUUUUCGCUGCUGUGAUCGUGCUGGUCAACCAAUCCCUUAAUGGUGAGGCCAUGGAUGGAUUGAGCGGCAUUGAUCUUGACAAGUGUAGAGCACGUCAAACGUUUGAAUUGACCAUAUUGUAG